AUGCUUCGCUUCGUUCUCAUCCUUCUGGUUACAUUGUUCGUCAUUGCCUCUGCUCAAUAUGGAUACGGCUAUGGAAACUACGGAUAUAAUGGUGGAUAUGGUGGUGGAUACCCAGGAUAUGGUAGAUAUGGAAUGAACAGUGGACUUGGUGUUGGAGUUGGUGGAGGCGGUCUUGUUGGAUCUCUCCUCGGAAGAAAAUAA